CGCGCGGUGUGUGUCGGUGUAAUGGACGCGUCGGCGCGGCGGUGAACGGAGCGUCAGUCUGUCAUGCGGCGGUGUGAGACUUUACUGCUCAUCAUCUUACUGACAGCGGGUGUGAGUACAGCACUGCAGAUUCAGUGUUAUCAGUGUGAAGAUCGUCAUGAUGACUGCUCAUCUCCAGACUUCAUCGUUAACUGCACUGUGAACGUUCAGGACAUGUGUCAGAAGGAAGUGCUCGUCAUGGAGGAUGGAGUUCACUACAGGAAGUCAUGUGCAUCAUCAGGGGCAUGUCUGAUUGCGUCGUCGGGUUAUCAGCAGUUCUGUACGGGAAAACUGAACUCUGUCUGCAUCACCUGCUGCAACACGGCACUCUGCAACGGCCCGCGACACAAACGCCGAGCGCUCUCUUGUGCCUGCUCGCUGCAUGUGCUCAUCCCCGCCAUACCACUGAUCGCUGCCAUCCACAACUUCUUCUCAUACUCACACUGAAAAACAACACUUCAUUCUGUCUCUCUUCAUCAUCAUAUGUCUCAUGUUAAUAAUAAUGUGAGUUAUUUCAAAAUUGACCUUUCAAAUACACAACGCCACACAGACACUGCUGUCAUUGUUAAUAUGUGUGUUUGUGAAUGAUGUCAUGAUUAAUAUGAAGACACAAUCAGGGUAAUAGCAAGGAUUUCUGGGCCCCUUACCUAUUAAGGAAUUACAGUUUCUAAUUUGUUUUGGAUCCCCCUGUACCUUUGGGGCCCUAGAAUCAUUACCACUUUUCACCCCAUUAGCUACGGCCUUGGAACAAUGACACUAUUGUAAAUUCAGGGCUGGCCCAUGGGUUUGUGGGGCUCUAGGUGACAUCAUGAGUCAUAACAUUAAACAUUCAUAGAAAUAAGAACUUUCUUUUUAAAAUAUGCUGAGCAUCUGACAAAUAACAUGUAUAUUUGUCCUAAUCUAAGAUUUUAGGUUAAAAUGUUUUAGGCAUUAUA